CAACAUCUUUUGCAAAUUUGUGUGUUGUUUGUGGUGAUAGUUAUUUUUAUGAAUAAUUAAUUCUGUUUUAAGUGUGAGUGAAGUGGAAAAGAAUCCAGUGUGAACGUCAAUACUUUGUCAAAAUUGCAAUAGACAACGGUUUACGGUUCCCGGUUCCGCAUUCGACAGUGGGCUUAUUUAAUUAUUGUUCCAGUGAACUAACUUUUUACAUUGUCCAUUGAUUGCUACUUAACUUAAGUUUUACCUAAGUUACCUUGCAAACUUUUGAAAAUUAGUGUAGGUUAGUGUAUGAUCGAUUUAUAUAAUAACUUUUCUGUUACUUACACCUAACUUAAAUAAUUUAUUGGUGGUUCUCUAAAGGUUUUUGAACGCGGUGUUCCUUACUUAACCUCAAAACAAAGGAUUUUUAUUAUUCUAGGCCUAGGCCUACUCUACUUAUUUCCUCAGUAAUUGCUAGGAAAUUUAGCUAUUGGCCUAAUCACUCUCUGUAGAGCCUAGCCUAUGUCAUUCAAAUUGUUUGAUAUCAAGUUAUUUAUUUUUGUUAACUUAACAUGUCAGACAAUGGCGAUUCAGAUGUGGAAAUUGAUGAUGGAAUAGAAGAAGGCGAAAUAAAAAAAAUGCCUUCCCCAGCACCCAAGAAAAAUGCAUCUGAAUCAUCCAUCAGUUUAUCUGAAGAUGACACUGCUGACUCACUGGAAAUAAAGCCACCUCAGGCUUUCAUCCACAAAUCUCAUUCCAGCCGUAGGGACAAACAGUCAGUGACAUCAUCAAGGAGAAGUCAUAAAUCAUCUUCGAGUGGCCACAGAAAAGGACAUCAUCGGUCUAGGAGUCAUAGGGAAGAAAGAAGAAGGCAUCACCGAGAAAGGCCAGCUAAAGAAGAUUCAGUGCGAAAAGAUGAAUCCAGAAGACAUGGAAAGAACAAAGACCAAGACAGGAGCAAAGAAGAUAAAGUAAAAGACGAAAGGUACAAAGAUGAAAGAAGCCGUGAUGAUCAACGUGUUAGAGACGAACGAGUGAGAGAAGAGCGAACGAGAGAAGAAAAGAUCAGGGAGGAAAGAGUGAAGUACGAUGAAGAUAUGGCUGCUAAACGGAAGGAAGCAGAAGUAAAAGAGAGAAGUAAAUCUGGGCCAGAAAGAGCCAAAGAAAAACAAGAACGAGACUUGCGCCGAGAAAGAUUGUUAGAACAAGAGAGAGUGCGGGAACAGUCAAAGAAACACAUAGAAGAAAGACGAAUGAGACGAGCAAACAGAAGCAGGAGCCGAGAUAAUGACUCUCAAGAGAAGGAAAACACUGGAAGUAAGAACAAAGAGCAUGAACUAGAAUCAGAGGACUUUUACUUGGUGGACGCUCGAGCCGCGACUGAAAAGGAGGAAGAGGAAGCGAUGAUGCUAUCAGACGUGUCAGUGUCGCCAACACCCAUGGAGGAAGAUCAGCCUCGCGACGGAGACACGGAAGCAGCAGCAGAGGGUUCUGACGGCAGCAAACAUUCGGACGCUAGUGGAGACGAAGAGUCCUCCGAUAAUAGCGACACGUCAAGCGGCUCUGAACAAGAGACCGACGACUCGCGACCCCGUUCUCGCUCCAGAUCUACCACUCCGGUGGUCACCAGCAGUCACAACGUAGACAAUGAUAUAGAGCUGACCAAGGAUACAUUGCCUCCCUACCUGCCAGCCAUUCAGGGCUGCAGAAGUGUCGAGGAGUUCCAAUGCUUAAACAGGAUAGAAGAAGGUACAUACGGAGUCGUGUACAGGGCAAGAGAUAAGCGGACUGACGAGAUUGUCGCGUUGAAACGACUGAAAAUGGAAAAAGAGAAGGAAGGUUUCCCCAUCACCUCGCUGAGAGAAAUAAACACGUUACUGAAGGCGCAACACCCGAACAUUGUCACUGUCCGCGAGAUUGUGGUUGGUAGCAACAUGGACAAGAUAUUCAUCGUCAUGGACUACGUGGAACAUGAUCUCAAGUCACUAAUGGAAACUAUGAAGCACAAAAAACAAGUUUUCUUGCCUGCUGAGGUGAAGUGCCUGAUGCAGCAGCUACUGAGGGCUGUAGCUCAUCUCCAUGACAACUGGAUACUCCACAGAGAUCUGAAGGCGUCCAACCUACUGUUGAGUCACAAGGGUAUCCUCAAGGUGGGCGACUUUGGUCUCGCCCGAGAGUACGGCUCCCCACUCAAAGCCUACACUCCCAUCGUGGUGACACUGUGGUACCGGUCGCCGGAACUCCUGCUGUCGGCAAAGGAGUACUCGACCCCAGUAGACAUGUGGUCGGUGGGCUGCAUAUUCGCAGAGUUUCUCGCCAUGGAGCCUCUCUUCCCUGGCAAGUCCGAGGUGGAUCAGCUGAACAAGAUCUUCAAAACGCUCGGCACGCCCAACGAGCGGGUGUGGCCUGGGUAUAGCAAGCUGCCGGCCGUACAGAAGAUGACGUUUGCUGAGUUCCCAAGCUCUCAGCUGCGCACUAGGUUUCCCAUGCUGUCAGAUGCCGGCCUCAGUUUGUUAAACAAGUUUCUCACAUACAACCCGGUGGAGAGGAUCACCGCAGAUGAGGCACUGAAGCACGACUACUUUGCCGAGCCUCCUCUGCCCAUAGACCCGGCCAUGUUCCCUACGUGGCCAGCCAAGUCUGAGGUCGGACGUAAGGCCAUCAUAGCCUCGCCCAAGCCCCCCUCGGGGGGCCGAGACUACAAACAGUUGGGAGAUACAGAUGAGGGAUUCCAUAUGGGCAGUGUGGCGGCAGAAAGGACCAGGGCUGCAUUUGGGACAGGGUUUAGUCUCAGAUUCUGAUAGUUGGUGUGAAAAUAUGAAUGAGGACUGACUCUUGAGCAAGGCCUGGAUUUAAAUCAUAAAAAAUUCAAAUAUCUCCAUUGAUGCUGAAUAUUAUAUAUAAUUGUAUAUUUUAUAAUAAAGUAGUUUAGAAUUAC